GCGUCAUCUGAAGUCUCUCCUAGUGCUCAAGGAUUCACUUCUAAGGAGUUUGUGCCUGUGUCUAGCAAGUAGCUGCUGGCUAUUGACAGGAGGCCUCAGUUCCUCUCCAUGUAGGCCUCUCCAUGGGGCUGCUGGUACAUCUUCACAACAUGGCAAUUGGCUUCCCCUAGAACAAGCACCCAGAAGACCAAGGCAGAAGCUGCGUUUCUUCUAGGACCCAGCCUUGGAAGUCACUCACUGCCACCUCUGCAGUAUUCUGCUGGUUGCACAGAGUGCUGACCUGAGUGUCCUGCAGGAAUAAGAGGAGGAGCUUCCUGCUUCUCCCACUUCCUGGUAUUCAGGAACCUUUGCUGUCAGAGUGACAGGAUGGCGACCAUUGUCCUGCGCCCAUCUUGUGCUCGGUCCUCCUUGUACCUGACAUCUCAGCAGAAAGGACACACAGAGGAGGAAGGGCUGGUUGAUGAGCUCCUGACAGGCUGGUUACAGGACCUGGUGACCUUUGAGGAUGUGGCUGUGGAGUUCACCCAGGAGGAGUGGGCAUUGUUGGACCCUUCUCAGAGAACACUGUACAGGGAUGUGAUGCUGGAGAACUGUAGGAACCUGGCCUCACUUGGGUGUCAUGUUGAUAAACACAGUCUGAUAUCCCAGUUGGAGCCAGAAGACAAGAUGAUGACAGAGGAGAGAGGAAUCCUCCCAGGCCCCUGUCCAGAUUUGGAGUCUCUACUUAAAGCCAAAUGGUUAAUGCCGAAGAAGCAUGUUUUUAGAAAAGAACAAUCUAAAGGUGUAAAAGUGGAAAGAAGUCAUCGUGGAGUGAAACUCAAUGAAUGUAAUCAGUGUUUUAAAGUCUUCAGCACGAAAUCUAACCUUACUCAGCACAAAAGAAUUCAUACUGGAGAAAAACCCUAUUACUGCAAUCAAUGUGGAAAAUUCUUCAGCAGUAGAUCUUACCUUACUAUUCAUAAGAGAAUCCAUAAUGGGGAGAAACCCUAUGAGUGCAAUCACUGUGGGAAAGCAUUUAGUGAUCCCUCAUCUCUUAGACUACAUGUGAGAAUUCACACUGGAGAAAAACCUUAUGAAUGUAACCAGUGUUUCCAUGUCUUUCGCACUAGUUGUAAUCUCAAAAGCCACAAGAGAAUUCAUACGAGGGAGAAUCACCAUGAAUGUAAUCAGUGUGGAAAGGCUUUCAGCACAAGGUCCUCCCUUACUGGGCACAAUACCAUUCAUACAGGAGAGAAACCUUAUGAAUGCCAUGACUGUGGGAAAACCUUCAGGAAGAGCUCAUAUCUGACACAGCACAUGAGAACUCAUACUGGAGAAAAACCCUAUGAAUGUAAUGAGUGUGGGAAAUCCUUCAGCAGUAGUUUUUCUCUUACUGUGCACAAGAGAAUACAUACAGGAGAAAAACCCUAUGAAUGCAGUGACUGUGGGAAAGCCUUUAAUAAUCUCUCAGCUGUUAAGAAACACUUGAGAACUCACACUGGAGAAAAGCCCUACGAGUGUAAUCAUUGUGGAAAAUCUUUUACUAGUAACUCUUACCUUUCUGUGCACAAGAGAAUACAUAAUAGGUGGAUAUGAGUUACUGCGGGAAUUUCUGUGGGAAAGUGCUCAUUGAUCUCAUCUGUAAGACAACAUGAGAGAACUCACACUGGAUGUAUAAAUUAUCUGUUGCUGCCUAACAAAUUACUCCCCAAAACGUAGCUUCAUACAACAAACAGUUAUUAUUAUAAUUUCCAGAAAUGGCUUAGCUCUGUAGUUCUGUCUGACGGUCUCUCAUUAGGUUGCAGUCAAGGUGUCAGCCAGAGCUGCAGUCCUCUAAAGUCUUUACUGAUGGAGGGUCCACUUUCAAGAUGACUCAUUCACAUUCCUGGAAAGUUAAUGCUGGUUAUUGGCAGGGGAUCUUCAGUUUCCCACCAUUUAGGCCUAUCCACAGGGCUGAGUUUCUUUACAAUAUGGCAGCAAGUCCCCCCAACCCACCCACCAAAGCAGGUGAUCCAAGAGAGGGCCAAUGCAGAAGCCACAGUGUCUUAUGACCUAGCCUCAGAAGGACAUAUUUUUAUUUCUUCACUAUUGUUUUGGUCACACAGACUAAUCCUGAUACAUUAUGGGAGAAGACUGCACAACGUAUGAAUACCAGGAGACAGAUCACUGGGAAUCAUCUGAAGAAAAGCCUUCAGCA